AUGUUAGCCGUGGUACCCACAAGUUGCCACAACCACUCGCUCAAGGCAACAUUGGGCACGGCCCAUUAUCCCCGUCCAUGUCCAGCUCGGGCACACCAUUCACGUCGUUCAACGCUUCUCUCUUCUCCAACCCUUGGCCGCGGCUCCGGUCCCACCUGUGAUGCCCCCACCGCUUCGACUCGGGCAUGUCGGGCCCCGUCACCUCUGCGGAGAGACACCGCGUCGCCGACGUGUCUCAUGUCCAGGGCCCAACAUUGCGCUUUCCUGUCUGUCGCAGUCUGCUGUCUCAGCCUCAUAUAUUCUGCCUGGAACGUCGCCGUUCCGCUCACUCUGUGCCUUUGCCGAGCAAUCGUUGGUGAAGAGCACCCCAAGAUGGCUGCCUCAAGUGCCUCGAACGGGUACACCGCUGACAGCCGGGCCGCCGCGGGUAUCGCUUCCAGGAACCAGCCAGGCGAAGAAUUAAGCUUGAUUCCUCCAUCUCCGUCAUGGGGGCCCGCGGCAGUCACAGUACCGGCCGAUCGGCCGCGGUGCGGCGCCCGGAGGCGAUCUCUAGCGCCUCCGGACUGGAGCGGAGGGAUUGACACCAAUGGAGUCCGCAAGCCGCCCGGUGUCCGCAGGCGCCCCGGAGAUGGUGGAAGCAUAGGCCAUAGAGAAAUUGCAUCUCCGUUUACAAUUGUAUGUCGCUAUCGCCUGUGCUGA